CAUGCAGCCGGGCUCCUCCGUCGUCGUGCUCACGGCCAGCAUUCGCCGUCGAGCCACGCUCCACGACGUAUCGACUACCUCAUAGCCGUAAAUAUCGCCGCGGUCCUCCGAGGACGACUCCGUCGUCGCGUACUGCGUUUCAGUGGCUGAUCAGAUGUUCAGGGUGCGCGAUUACUUUGAUGUAUACACACGACAUAUGUAACAGCGACGUGUGUUGUUUUGACUCCGAAAGCGAGAAGCUGUGUGUGUAUAGAAAUGACGACAGAGACAGAAGAUUCGUAAUCUGACUCCGAAAAGCUGGACCUAAUGUGCAAAACAGAGUUAAAUGUUAAUGAAGCUCCAGUAAGAUUAUAGUGAAAUAACGUUGAUCAUACUUUGGCGCGGAGGAGCCCGAGAUGAUGACGAUGUCGUAGAGCUCUGGGGUGGCUCUCUUGACGAGUCAAUUUGGAGGUUAGGUGUGUUCGUCGCGCCGACGAUUUUCUCGUUCGUCAGGACACACUCUGCUGUGCAUCUCCAGAGGCUAUUCUGUCACGCAGAGCUUUGUGUUCGUUUGCCCGUUGUGAUAAGUAAUUGUUGCGUUUAUUCGGCCAACUCUGAAAUCUCGUAUGCGGCUAUAACCCUUGUGUUGAAAGUCGCGCGCAGCACCUACACAUACAAACAAAACACAUAUGUAUUAUUGCCUGUGUAGAAUCACGGCAAGCUCAAGGGGAUGGAAAUCAACGGAGUAAACUCCACUGCACGAACCGUCUUGGCUUUUAAAGCUACCUGCCCUUGGAUGACGCAAAUAGUAUAUAUCCUUACCGCGUUCGCUCGCUUCUUACGAAAAAGUACAGAUUAUAUGUAGAACACCUACUCGCUAUACACUGACCGAAAUUUUGCCUUUCGGAGCACAAGGAUAUUAACACUCGCGGUAAAACCAAAUGUAAAUCGGAGUUGUACCCACUUCCUAUGCCCAUCGCUUACUUGUACCGAAAGAAAAAAGUAAGAAAGAGAGGCAACUGCCGCCGAAGGAGAUUCGGAGAUUUUUCUCCGUUUUGACUUACUUGUAUACAGUGGAGGUCGUGUCGUCUCUGCUUCUAAUCACUGGCCUACUCGUAACCGAUGUCGCUCGCAAUGAGAAGGUAAGCCGAUAUCAGCCAUGGACCGGCAGCAGCCGAGGCCGCAUCACCAGCACCACCACCAGCUCUUCCAUCCAUUCCGCGAAACCGGAUAAGCAGUUUUCUCCCACCGCCCGGAAAGCCGAGCUCGCGAGGCCGAAACAAAAGUGACCCUCAUCCCCGAGCACACUCGCGCGGAGGAUAAUAGAGAAGACCGUUGGAUCACGUAUGGGAGUCGGUUCGGUAAACACAGGGAGGUAAUAGAGAAACCCCCCUCGGCAGCCUGACAAAUGGCCCCGCGCGUGCCACUCGUACGUUCCUAGCUGCCACACAUAGGCGCCCUCUGGUCAGCGGACUCCAGCUCCUGCCUCGGAAAACAAUAAUUCUUUCUCCUCCUCCGACGCUGUCCGCUCUCCUUCCCCGGCGACUCGUUCAGUCCCGGCCUACGGUACUCACUUGGGGUGGCUUAUACAGCCCCGCCCGCGGAAACUCGCUGGAGGUAGUUUACGGAACGUGCACCGCGAUUACGAGUUCUAGCGGAGGGACGAGAAACUUUGGCCCGUAAGAGAGGCGACGAUGUGCCAUACACCAGUGGGAGGAGGCUCGAGUAGACGCGGUUGAGUUCCUGGAGCGAAUGUAAAAACUUUCGGCAGGCCUUGCGUUUUUCGGUACGAAAAGAGAAGAAGAGGAAUAAAAGCAGCCCCGUGUGCCAUAGGUAUAGGGGACCAAGAGUCACCAUAAAGAGAGGGCCACUGGUGGCCCACGAGGGUCGUCGCGUUGGCUAAGCAUCGGAGGAGGCUGCUGGUGCUCAUCGGCCAAGUGGUCGUCGCGAUGAAGCUGACGGCCGGGGAGGCGGUGGUGCCGCUCCUGGGUGCCUUCGCUCCGCGCUACAUCGUCAAACAGGCGACCGUCAAACGAUGCGUCGCCGCUCUGCUCCUCGUCUCCGUCAUCAGCAUAUUCUACUACACCCACUACGUCAUCAGCAGUCCGCUGUCGAGUCUGAUUCGACGAGACACGAGGCCGGAGCCGGCGAUACGCUGCUCGACGCUCCGGGGAGCGACGAGGCUCCCCAAGGCGCCGGACCACCGUAGCGAGGCGAGGCUCAGGAUCGACCCGAAGGUCCUCGUCUUCGUCGAGACGCUCUACUCGAGGCUCGGCCGGGAGAUUGCCGAACUGCUCGUCUACAACCGCAUCAAGUACAAAGUCGAGGUGGCCGGCAAGUCACUGCCGGUUCUCACGAAUCUGGACAAGGGCCGCUACGGGGUCCUGAUCUUCGAGAACCUGAACAAGUAUCUGCAGAUGGACAAGUGGAACCGCGAGCUCCUCGACAAGUACUGCAGGGAGUAUUCGGUCGGCAUCGUUGGCUUCACGCCACCCGUCGAGGAGAGCUUCGUCGGUGCCCAGCUCCGGGGAUUCCCCCUCUUCAUUCACACGAACCUCAGGCUCAAGGAUGCUCAGCUGAACGCGGCGUCGCCGAUCCUGCGGCUGACGAGGGCUGGGGAGACGGCCUGGGGUCCGCUGCCCGGCUACGACUGGACCAUUUUUCAGGCGAACCACAGCACGUACGAGCCCCUCUCCUGGGCCCAUCGGGAUAACCUCGACUACUCGACCAACUCGAGGACUCCCCUCGCCACGGUCAUGCAGGACCAUGGGCGGUACGACGGUAUCCAGCGCGUCUUCUUCGGCGGGGGGCUCAAGUUCUGGCUGCACAAGCUCCUGUUGCUCGAUUCCCUGUCCUACUUGUCGCACGGCCAGCUGAGCCUCAGCCUGAACCGUCAGAUCCUCGUUGACGUGGACGACAUAUUCGUCGGCGAGAAGAGCACGCGGCUCAAGAGGGACGACGUCCUGGCGCUCCUAGCCACGCAGCAGAGGAUACAGGCCCUCGUGCCCGGCUUCAAAUUCAAUUUGGGGUUUUCCGGCAAGUACUUCCAUCACGGCACGACGGAAGAGAACUCGGGGGACGACAUGCUCCUGGAGAACGUCGACAGGUUCACGUGGUUUUCUCACAUGUGGAACCAUCAACAGCCCCACUUGUACGAGAACGGGACGCACCUGCAGCAGGACAUGGCGCUCAAUCGGCAAUUCGCCAAGGAGCACGGCAUACCGACCAAUAGCGGCUACAGCGUCAGUCCCCACCACUCGGGCGUCUACCCGGUGCACGAGGGCCUCUACGAGGCUUGGAAGAAAGUCUGGAACAUCAAGGUGACGAGCACCGAAGAGUAUCCCCACCUCAGGCCGGCUCGACUUAGGCGCGGCUUUGUGCACCGCGGCAUAAUGGUACUGCCAAGGCAGACGUGCGGUCUGUUUACGCACACAAUAUUUAUCGAGAGGUAUCCCGGCGGCCGAGAUAAGCUCGACGAGUCGAUCCAGGGCGGCGAGCUCUUCCAGACUAUCGUUUACAACCCGAUCAACAUCUUCAUGACACACAUGUCGAACUACGGGAACGACCGUCUGGCCCUCUACACGUUCGAGUCGGUCAUCAAGUUCAUCCAGUGCUGGACGAACCUGCGGCUGUCGAGCGCUCCGCCCCUUCAGCUCGGCGAGAGGUACUUUCAGCUCUACCCGGAAGAGACGGAUCCCGUCUGGGGCAACCCGUGCGACGAUCAGCGCCACCAGAGGAUCUGGUCGAAGAACAAGACCUGCGACCAGCUGCCGCGUUUCCUAGUGAUCGGACCCCAAAAGACAGGCACGACGGCCCUGUACACCUUUCUGUCGCUCCACCCGGCCAUAAGCAGUAACCUGCCCAGUCCCGAUACCUUCGAGGAAAUUCAGUUCUUCAACGGGAAGAAUUACUACAAGGGCCUCGAUUGGUACAUGGGUUUCUUCCCGCCAGCGAGGAACGAGAGCUCGCGUUACCUCUUCGAAAAGUCAGCCACGUACUUUGACGGGGAGCUGGUGCCACGGCGGGCUCACGCGCUCUUGCCCAAAGCCAAGCUCAUCACGAUACUCCUGUCGCCGGCCCGACGAGCUUACUCUUGGUACCAGCACACCAAGGUCCAUGGUGACGUCAUCGCCAAGAAUUACUCGUUUCACUCGGUCAUCACCGCCACCGAUACUGCGCCCAAGGCCCUCAGGGAUCUUAGAAAUAGGUGCCUCAAUCCCGGUAAGUACGCCCAGCACUUGGAGCGCUGGCUGUCGUACUACCCGGCUCAGCAGUUGCACAUAAUAGACGGUGAACAGCUGCGGCAGAAUCCAGUCGAGACUCUGCACGAGCUCCAGAGGUUUCUCAAAAUCAUGCCCACCUUCAACUACUCGACGCAUCUGAGGUACGAUCCGAAAAAGGGCUUCUUUUGCCAAGUGACGAACGAGGACCGUACCAAGUGUCUCGGCAAGAACAAGGGUCGACAGUAUCCGCCGAUGGAGGAUCGGUCCUACAAAUUUUUGCAGAGGUACUACCUGUCGCACAACACAGCGCUGGUGAAGCUGCUGAAACGGCUGGGCUCGAGAACGAUACCGCAGUGGCUGAAGGACGACCUGACCGACACUGUGAUGACUUAGCAGACGCUGCAGUUCGCGUGAAACAACGCCAGUGGCGAGACCGGCGGUGACUUCGAGGACAGUAUGCUGCAGAUCCUAGAGCUCGACGUCUCCAUCGUGCCAGAACUCGAAAACGACGUGUAACAUAAGUACGUGUAUUCAUACAUUUGCGAAAGUAUAGGACAAUUUGUACAUAAGGUGUAAAAGUCGUGUCCGAUCGAUGAUUCCUAAGCUCGCUCUCCGAGUACGUUAUACAUUGUUUAAGUGUACAAUAUAUUGUGUGUGUAUGCGUGUAUGCUAAUACUGUACAAUGGCACAAGCGAAAAAUAGGCCUAAAGCGAGGCAGGCGUGUAAAAAUAUACAUGAAAACGAAAAAAGCUAGUCACUAAGAGAGAGAGAGAGAGAGAGAGAGAGAGAGAGAGAG